AUGGGAAUGAGGUUGGAGUCUGCAGAAGUUCAGGAGAUUCUAAAACAGUUCGUUAUUAGCGACGAUGAUUUGCACGUCAUUAGCUGUAAGAUAGAAGCAGAAAUGAAAGCUGGUCUUGCCAGUGUAGACGGGUCUUCAAUAGCCAUGUUGCCCUCCUACGUACCAGCGUUGCCUGAUGGAUCUGAGGAAGGCAAGUACGUGGCGAUCGAUCUUUCCGGUAAAAAUUUACGUAUAAUGUUACUCACUCUCAAUGGUACUGGACGUGAACCUGCUGCUGUUAACAACAAUUAUAUUGUACCUAAUCAUGUGAUGAAAGGCACUGGUGAUCAACUAUUCACAUUUAUUGUCAACUGUCUGCAACGUUUCCUGCAAGAGUUUGGUCUAGUCGAAGCCAACCUACCCAUCGGUUUUGUUUUUUCCUAUCCAUGUGAGCUUCUAUCUAUUCGUUCCGCUCGACUGCUGUGGUGGACAAAGGGAUUUGAUAUCAAGGACUGCCUAAGGAAGGAUGUUGUCCAACUGCUGGAGGAGGCUUUGGAAAUGAACAUGGCAACUAUAUAUGUUUCCCAUUUUCAGUCAACGAAAGCACAAAUCAAAGCAGUUAUGAAUGAUACAGUUGGGCAGCUUGCGGCAGCUGGUCACAAAUAUGGCCCUGAAUGCACGAUCGGUGUUGUUAUAGGUUAUGGGUGCAAUUCGUCCUAUUUGGAGAAAACUUCCCGCAUCACAAAAUUCGACGCUAAAGCUAAAGGAUACAAGCACCCCAAUAUGGUAGUCGUUACCGAAUGGGAGGAGUUUGGCUCGAAGGUGGGUGUGCAAUUUCAGGCACUCAAUUCAUGA